AGUGGAAAAUCUCGGCAUGAACGUAUAUCAUCAUGCUGAGAUAUCUGCUCACCAUGAAGCCGAUGAUAGGGUUUCUUCCGUAACCCCAUUUUCUACCUUCGCUUAUCUCUUCGUAAACCUUGUAGCUAUUCUGGUCGGGACUUAAUCAGCGGUGCGAGCAAAGCUGCAACCUAUUUCAGGCUAGUCACCACCCGCGAAAGUCAUGGCUGGGCGCCUAUUUACCGUGCUCUAGACCUUCUUCCUACGGUUUCUCCAAAACGAAGCCGUCGUCGAGGGAUCCUUUGCUUCAUUCUCACAUCACUGAACAAUCUAUCCACUGACACCAUGACAAUCUCGAUAACAUCUCAGUUACAACCACCUUCGAAACCAGGCCGGAAGUCUACACGGCUGGGAGAAUACCGGGGGCUUGAUAAGAAGCCCAAGAAAGUCAACAGCGAGAUCCGGAAACAGCAAAACAGGAUAGCCUCAAGGAACUACCGUGAAAAGCGCAAACGCAAACUAGAGCAUCUCCAGCAGCAGAUCGAAGAUGGGGAUUCAAGUGACCGACAGGCAUCACAAACAUCCCCACGUUCGUGCGAAAGCCACACACGAUCUUCUUCGGAAGAAUAUGAGGUUGCAGAAUCUAGCUCUUUACCCUUCGUGUUACCUUUCAACACAGAUGUUGGACAGCUAGCCUCGAACGGCGUCAAUGAGUUGGAAACAAUACCAACGGCAAUCAUCUCGCCCUUUGAUAGCCAUAUUCUGGCAACUACACAGUCGUGUUCUGCUCUUGAGAUAUCAUGGAAUCCUCCUAUCUACGAUUCACCUCUACCAAUGAGAACCCCAUGGUGGGCGCCUGACACGGUCUCGCCUCCACAAAUACUCUCUUCGUCAAAUGAACUUCAGUACGCACCAUCACCAGAAGCGUCAUCCUAUGGUCAAACGUCCGCGCCCUCACAGGUACCACAACAGCUCUUUUUACAUCCAGACCCAACUUCCUACACGCCCAAUUAUCCCUACCGGUUCUUGGAUAGGUUGCCACAUCAGGUACCCAACAUCCCAGUGUACUUCUUCCAUCAGCAGCCCUUCACACUUGAGCAUUCGGUAUACAUAUGAGCUUUUGGUACUAUCUACGUCUUGCUUUUGUACCUCAGUUGUGUGGGGUGAAAGACAGCCCAUUCACCCAGCGAUCUUGACGUUCCACGAUAUCUCACCCUCAGGAUAGUGUAAGCCUAGUUAAGAUGCAAAUCCUGAAGAUGGAGACUGGAAUUCACAGA